UAUGCAUAUUUUCAUUGUGCUUGAUAAGCCCGCGAAACUUUUGAGAGUCAACAUGCUCUUCGUUUACUUUAUUUUACUUAAUAUCUUCAAUUUCUGCUUUUGUCAACGCCACCUUACGAUUGACACAUCCGUAACCGAAGGAAAAAAGGUUUACGUUGUGGGAGAUGUUCAUGGUUGUUUAACUGAGUUAUUGAAUCUGUUAAAAAAGGAGAAUCUAUUAAAAAGUGAUGGUUUGACCAUGAAGCAAAAAUCUAUUCUUUUUAUGGCGGGGGAUACUGUUAAUAGAGGACCUCGUAGCUGUGAGGUUUUAGAUUUUAUAGAACGAAACGAAAGAGUCUUUGCCGUUAGAGGUAAUCAUGAGGAUAACGUUUUGGAAUCAGGUUCUGAAGAUAAAUAUCCUUGGCUUAAAGAUUGUCCUCAGGCAAAAGAUAUUAUCGAAAAAUUUCCUUAUACAUAUCGUGUUAAUCAAUAUAAUGCUGUUGUUGUCCACGCCGGUCUUAUGCCUGAUACCGAAAUAAUGGAUCAAGAAGUGUUUGCCAUGACACGUAUGCGCAACAUUGAACGGUUAGCCGGUGGAAUUCUAAGACCUAUAGAAGAGACUAACGAUGGAAACAAUUGGAUAGCAUACUGGAAAGGACCACAGCAUAUAUACUUUGGUCACACCGCAAGAAGAGGUCUUCAAACUUAUGAUCUAGCAACAGGUCUUGAUACAAGAUGUUACAAAGGAGGUCGAUUAACAGCCGUAAAAAUGCCAAGCUCUGAGGAUCAUUUUGUAAGCAUCAAGUGCAAAAAGUACAACUGA